AUGAGACAAGCGGGCUGGAGCGGCGGCGAGGACGGCGGGAGGAAGCGGACGGGAUAUUUGGAACUGACGGCGAAUUCUUGGGCUUAUCUCUGCGCCGCAGAGGCCCAGGAGUCCUUACAAAACAGCGCCCAGCUGGAGCGAGGCCCGCGGCUGGGGACGCGUCCUCGUCCCCAGCGCCACCCUUGGUACCCGGCUCGGCGGCAGGAUGCUGGUGGCAGGGAGGGGACACGCACCCAGCGUGAUGGGUGGCACCUGCGAACCGUCAGCGGUCACAAAAGGGAUCCGAUGUCCCGCUGCAGGGUGGGCACGGGCAGCCCCCGGGCUGAGAGGAUAGGGAGAGUGGGGAGUCCUCCAGAGCAUCCCUGCCCUGAUGAGGACCGAACUGCCACCACUGUCCGCUGGGGCACGCUGGACCCCUGGCAGGAGGAAGAUGAUGCCCUGUCACCCACUCUGAGGCCAAAACACCCCCAGCAUCCUCCAUCCCGCGAGCUGGUCAGUCCCCACACUGCGCAGGACCCCAGGCAGGAGCAGGUGCAACCCCAGUGGGGACCCGGCUGUGAGGGGCUGGGGAGGAGGGGGCUGGCCCCCUGCCCGCCGCCUGACAGCCGGCACCGGGGCUCGCGGGGUCACAGCUGGUCCGGAGCUCUGAAAACAUUCGAGGUGAUCGCUCCCGGCUCCUUAAGGCAGCAGGAGGCCCUGCACAGCCGCAGGAUCCAGCUGCCACCGCCCGGUAUCCCCUCCUCGCCGGGAGCCCUGUCUGACGCAGGAGGGUUUCCCUCCUCUCGUCUGUGGGGUUUUUGGUCCAGGGAACACGUGGGCAUCACUGCUUUUUGUGCCUCAUCUGGUCUGGGAAGUGGAAAGGCUCACAGGAUGGCCAUUUCCCAAGGGAAGGGGAUUGUGGUACCAAUAGCUCAUCAAAGGAAUGUGGUGUUGGUUGGCCCCAUGGAUGUAGCAGAGCCGAGGGUGCUGCUGGUAGGGAUGAUGGCUAUGCCACCCUCCACCUAUCCCCGUCGCCUCCUGCCCCUCUUCCUGGGGCUUUUCCAGGGUGCCCUGCUCCUCUUCUUUGCCCUCUUCAUCACCUACGAUGAGCCCUCGGCGCAGGCAGAGGAUACCAACAUGGUGGCCAACCAGGUCUACAGCACCUUCCCCUUCUUCCAGGACAUCCAGGUGAUGCUGGUGGUGGGGCUGGGACUCCUACUGACCUUCCUGCCCCGCUAUGGGUUCAGUGCCCUCACCCACAACUUCCUCCUACUCAACUUCUCCAUGCAGUGGGCGCUGGUACUGCAGGGCCUGCUCCAACACUUCCACCAUGGCCAGGUCCACCUGGACCUCCACAAACUCCUCAUCUCUGAGUUUGCUGCUGUGACAGCGCUCAUCUCCGUGGGGGCCAUCCUGGGGAGGGCCAGCCCCUGCCAGCUGCUUGUCAUGGCCACCUGUGAAAUUCCCUUCUACCUUGCCACUGAGUGGGUCAUUAUCACCUGUCUGGGUGUUCUGGAUGUGGGUGGCACCAUCACAAUCCAUGUCUUCUCCUGCUAUUUUGGACUUGGUGUGUCCAAGGCUCUGUUCAGGGCAACACAGCAGCCACUGCACCCCAAGGAAACCCCAACACCCAGCUCUGACCUCAUGUCCCUGGUGGGGACACUUAUCCUCUGGGUUUUCUGGCCUAGCUUUGUGGCUGUCCUCUGCCAACCAGGCGAUGCCCAGCACCGUGCCAUCCUGAACACCCUCCUGGCCAUGAGUGCCAGUGCCAUAACCACCGUGGUGGCCUCCAGCCUGCUGGAGAGGGACGGCAAGCUCAGCCUCGGCCACCUGCAGAACGGCAGCCUGGCCGGUGGGGUGGCCAUUGGUGUGGUGGCUGACAUGGCCGUGCCACCAGUGGCUGCUCUUGCCCUGGGCAGCCUCUCAGCCCUGGUGUGUGUUCUCGGCUUCAGGUUCCUCACCCCGCUCCUGGGGAGGAAGCUCACACUCCUUGACCAGUGCGGCAUCCACAACCUGCACGGCUUGCCUGGCAUCCUCGGUGCUGCAGCCAGCAUCCUGGUCGUCCUGGUGGCAUCCAAGGACACCUCCGGGUCCCAACCCUCUCAGCAGGCGCUGUACCAGGCAGCGGGGCUGGCGGUGGCCGUCGGUGCCUCGCUGCUCACCGGGCUGCUCACAGGUGCUGCCCUCCGCCUGCCCUGCCUGGCCCGGCCCCCUGAGCGGCUCUGCUUCGAUGACUCGCUGUAUUUUAAGGUCCAGGAUCAGGCUGAGAGCCCGGGGCCAGACAGCAGCUCUGAGGAAGGAGCCCUGGCUCUGAAGGAGCGGGUUUAG